AUGCAGAUAACAAGUUCUGCCAACGAUAACAACGGUACAACUAGUACAACUUCAUCAAACUCAAACCAUUCUAUAGAUACCCGGACUACUCGAUCUGAACAUAUUAAAACUGAAGAAUUACUUCGACUCAUAUUACAAUCUCUUUACGACUUGGGGUAUCAGAAUGUUGCAGAAAUGUUAGAGCGAGAUUCUGGUAUUGUACUUGAAUCUUCUAUUGUAACGGAAUUUCGUCAGGCUGUUUUGGUGGGCAAUUGGUCUCAAUGUGAAUCACUCUUUCCUCAACUAUGCUUAGUACCCCAGCAAACAGGAAUCGACAAUGAUCAACAAACCAAAGAUGAUAUAUGCGACCAUGCUCGAUUUUUGAUACGACAACAAAAAUUUUUAGAACUUUUAGAAGCAAGAAAAUUAAUGAAGGCUCUUUCAGUUUUACGGAACGAAUUAUCUCCACUGGGUAAACAUGACACUGAACGAUUACACGAAUUAUCAAGCUUGAUAUUAUGUUCUUCUGCUGAAGAAGUGAAACAAAGAGUGAAUCGAGAUGAACAAAUAGGUUUUCCAAGAGAACAACUUUUGGCACAACUUCAAGGUUACAUUGAUCCGAAUAUAAUGAUUCCCCGUGACCGAUUACUGACUUUGAUCAAUCAAGCAAUUGAAUGGCAACAAGGCAAUUGUCUUUAUCAUAAUAGAAACAAGGCCACUUAUUCUCUAUUUACCGAUCAUACUUGUGAUAAAACUCUUUUUCCUACUCGGACCAUUGCUAUACUCAAAGAUCAUUCUGAUGAAGUUUGGCAUGUAGCUUAUUCUCACUGUGGACGAUAUUUAGCUUCGGCUUCCAAGGAUUCGACUUGUAUCAUAUGGGAUAUGCAAACAUUCCAACGCAUGAAACGAUUACGAUGCGCCUCAAGUAUCUCUUAUUGCAGUUGGUCACCUGAUGAUUCCAAGAUAGCUAUAUGUGGAAAUGACAGUUUAUUAUUAAUAUGGAAUCCAUUUGAAGGGGAAUUAUUACAAAACUUUGUUGGUCAUUCUGAUCAAGUUACAAGUUGUGUAUGGUUACCUGAUGGGCAACAUAUUAUCUCUGGUUCUUGUGAUAAGUCCUUACGAUUAUGGAGUAUAAAUGGUGAUUUGAUAAGUGAAUUGGAAGAACAAAGGAUUGUAGAUAUGGCCAUGAACGUCAACGGAAAUCGGCUUGUGAUUAUUGGAUUAGAUAAGAAACUUAAUGUAUAUGAUGUGGAUGGCUUGAAUUUGACGAAGAUCCGUGAUAUUCAGGAAGAAGGCAGUAUUGCGUCUUUGGCGCUUACGAAGGAUGGCCGUUAUGCACUAGUGAAUAUACAGGAAACUCAAGAAAUUCAUCUAUGGGAUUUACUAGGACAAAGGGUGAUUCGAAAAUAUCAAGGACUCAAACAAGGUGCAUACAUUAUUAGAUCAACAUUUGGAGGAGAUGAUGGAGAUGAAACUUUUGUACUCAGUGGUAGUGAAGAUAACAAUGUAUACGUUUGGAGUAGAGAGCAUCAAACGCUACUUCAAGUACUGGAAGCUCAUAGUCAAACGGUGAACAGUGUUGCUUGGUGUCCUUCUGUCUCUCAACCCCCAACAUUUGCAUCUGCAAGCGAUGAUAAAACUAUUCGAAUGUAA